AUGAAGACGUACACACGGCAGAGGGAGAGCGGCCACACGCAGACAGCGGCAGAGACAGCUCUAGACGCCCAGAGGCUGCGUGUGCAGAAGCGCAGGAAGGAGCCGCGGCCCACCUGCGGCUACAUGCUGUGCACGGUGCUGCUGUCGCUGGCCGUGCUGCUGGCCCUGGCUGUCACCGGCGCUGUGCUCUUCCUGAACCACGCCCACACCCCGGGCACGGCGCCCCCGCCCGUUGUCAGCACGGGGUCUGCGGGGCCCAACAGUGCCCUGGUCACCGUGGAGAGGACCGACAGCUCCCGCCUCAGCAUCCUCAUCGACCCACGCUGCCCCGACCUCUCAGAAGGGUUCACUCGCCUGGAGGGGGCCCAGGCCUCGGUGCUGCGGGCGCUGACGGACCACCAGGCCGGGCCGAGGCAGGUGGGCGAGCAGGAGCAGGCACUGCUGGACACGCUGGCCGACCAGCUGCCCCGGCUGCUGGCCCGGGCCUCGGAGCUGCAGGCCGAGUGUGUGGGACUUCGCAAGGGCCACAGCCUGCUGGGCCAGGGGCUCAGCGCCCUGCAGAGUGAGCAGGACCGUCUCAUUCAGCUUCUCUCUGAGAGCCAAGGCCACACGGCUCACAUGGUCAACGCCGUCAGCGACGUCCUGGACGCCCUGCAGAAGGAGCGGGGCCUGGGCCGGCCCAGAGCCAAGGCUGAUCUGCAGAGGGCGCCUUCCAGGGGAUCCAGGCCUCGGGGCUGCGCCAACGGCUCUCGGCCCCGAGAUUGUUUGGACGUGCUGCUGAGUGGCCAGCGCGAGGAUGGUGUCUACUCCGUCUUCCCCACCCACGACCCCGCCGGCUUCCAGGUCUACUGCGACAUGAGCACCGAGGGUGGCGGCUGGACGGUGUUCCAGCGCCGGGAAGACGGCUCCGUGAACUUCUUCCGUGGCUGGGAGGCCUACCGAGACGGCUUUGGCAGGCUCACCGGCGAGCACUGGUUAGGGCUUAAGAGGAUCCAUGCCCUGACCACACAGGCCGCCUAUGAGCUGCACGUGGACCUGGAGGAUUUCGACAAUGGGACAGCCUAUGCCCGCUACGGGAGCUUCAGUGUGGGCUUGUUCUCGGUGGACCCCGAGGAAGAUGGGUACCCACUCACUGUGGCUGACUACUCGGGGACCGCAGGUGACUCCCUCCUGAAGCACAGCGGCAUGAAGUUCACCACCAAGGACCGCGACAGUGACCACUCCGAGAACAACUGCGCCGCCUUCUACCGCGGCGCCUGGUGGUACCGCAACUGCCACACGUCCAACCUCAACGGGCAGUACCUGCGCGGCGCCCACUCCUCCUACGCGGAUGGCGUCGAGUGGUCUUCCUGGACCGGCUGGCAGUAUUCGCUCAAGUUCUCGGAGAUGAAGAUCCGGCCGGUCCGAGAAGACCGCUAG